CUAAGUUUAUCAUUGCCAGAGAGGCACUACUACCAGGGACUGUCUAGGAGAUCCUGCCUCUCUUUACUGCUGCCUGGGAUUUUGCUCUCUCUUGGGGCUAAUAUUCACUUCACUCAAGCUACUUUUUAGUUUUUUUCCUGAGUACUUUGGGUAAGGGGGAAGGUUACGAAGAUGCAGUCCUGCGCCAGGUGUGGGUUUGUGGUGUACCCAGCGGAGAAGAUCAAUUGUAUUGAUCAGAACUGGCACAAAGCAUGCUUUCACUGCGACGUCUGUAAAAUGGUGCUCACAGCCAAGAACUUUGUUAGCCACAAGAAGCGGCCAUACUGCUCUGUACACAAUCCGAGAAACAAUAUGUUCACCAGUGUCUAUGAGACCCCCAUCAAUGCCAAGAAGCAAGCCAUUGCCAGCAGUGAGCAGCACUAUCAGGCUAAGUUUGAGGAGCAGCAGACCUACUCGUACUCAGGCACCAUCACCAACCAGGAGAUUGUGAGCGUGUCACAGGCCCAAAAGACCAUCAGUGAUGUCAAAUACACUGAGGAAUAUGAGCAGAGUAAAGGAAAAGGCAGCUUAUCCACCAUGAUCACACCAGGAUGCCAGAUGUCCAAGAAAGCAAAUACCUUGCACAGCAGCGUGGAGUACAAUAAAGGAGAGGAGAAAGAGUCAAAAUAUACCUCCGUAGCCAAAACCCCUGAAGUACUUCUGGCCGAAAGCCAAGGACAGAUCAAGUAUGUCUACACUGAAGAGUAUGAACAGCAGCUGGGUAAAGGCAGUUUCCCCGCCCAUCUCACUCCUGGCUACCAAGUUUCAAAGAAAGCCACAGAGAUGGCCAGUGGUGUGAAGUACCGUCAGAUGUAUGAGCAGGAGAUGAAGGGGAAGGCCACCUCAGAUGCUGGGGCAGCAGAAUUCGCUUUUGCCAGAGAAAAUGCGGGGAACUUCAGCCAGAUUGCCUACACUGAAGAGUACGAGCAGCAGAGAGGGAAGGGCAGUUUCCCAGCCAUGAUCACUCCUGCCUACCAGCUUGCCAAGAAAGCCCAGGCCCACGCCAGUGAUCUGAAAUACAAGAAGGACCUGAAUAAGAUGAAGGGCUCAUCCCACUUCCACAACCUGACCAGUGAGGACAACCUGGCCCUGAAGAGCGCCCGCAAAAUCAACAAGAUCGURAGCGAGGUUGAGUACAAGAAGGACCUUGAGAACACUAAAGGCCACAGCAUCAACUACUGUGAGACGCCCCAGUACAAGAAUGCAUCCAAGGCUGCCAAGUUCAGCAGUGAUAACAAGUACAAGGAGAAGUAUACCAACCACAUGAAAGGGCACUAUGAAGGCUCUGAGAUGGACAAGAAUGCUGUACACGCUAUGAACGUCAGAAAGCUGGCAAGCAAUAUUGCCUACAAGCAGGAGUAUGAGCAGGAGAAAACUGACCAUGUGGAAUACAACUACCCAGCCACCAUCACACCGGGCUACCAGAGUCAGAGGAAACUGGAUCCGCUCAAGGACAAGAACUACAGACAGCACAUUGACCAAGUCAAGUACAGCUCGGUGACAGAUACCCCUGACAUCGUCCAAGCCAGAAUCAACGCUCAACAACUCAGCAAUAAGAACUACAGACAACACAUUGACCAAGUCAAGUACAGCUCGGUGACAGAUACCCCUCAAAUCGUCCAGGCCAGGAUCAACGCUCAACAACUCAGCAAUAUCAAAUACAAGGAGGACUGAAAGACCAAGUCCAAAACAUGUGACAUCGGCCUGGACACGCUGACCGUCAAGGCUGCCAAAGCAUCUCGGGACCUGGCCAGUGAUAUUAAGUACAAAGAGUCCUUCAUGAAAAAUAAAGAUAAGACAAGCAAUGUCAGCGACUCCAAGACCCUGCACUCUCUUCAGGCGUCCAAGAUGACGAGUGAGAUUGAGUACAAGAAGAACUCCAAGGAGAACCAGUCCCAUUUCAGCUUGUCCAUGGACAUGGUCAACCUGAGCCAUGCUAAAAAAGCCCAGUCCCUUGCCAGCGACCUGGACUACAGGACCAAGCUCCACCACUACACCAUCCUAUCCGACGACAUCCAAGUACAGCAGGCCAAAAAGGCCUAUAACCUGCAGAGCGAGAAUCAAUACCGUUCAGAUCUGACCUGGAUGAAGGGAGUUGGCUGGGAGGCUGAUGGAUGUCUGAAUGUGACACAAGCCAAGAAGGCUGGAGAGCUUCUCAGUGACAAAAAGUACCGUCAGAAAGCGGACAACGUCAAGUUCACCCAGGUGGCCGAUACUCCCUCUAUCAAACACGCCAAGAAGAGCCAGGAACUCCAGAGCAAGCUAACGUAUAAGGCGGGCAARGAGCAGAUGAUGCACCGGUACACCAUGGAUAAAGAUGAGCCACUCUUCAGGCAGGCCAAAGCCAAUGCAGACCUGCUCAGUGGGAAAGUGUAUAAGAGUAGCUGGGAGCAACAGCGAGAGAAGGGCUUUGAGUUGCGCAUGGACUCCUUGUCCAUCCUCACAGCCAAGGCUAAGAGAGACCUGGCCAGUAACGUGAAAUACAAGGAGAAGUACGAGCAGACUAAGGGGAAGAUGAUUGGGGUGAAGACGGUCACUGACGACUCUCAGAUGGCGCAUUCGGCUCUGGCCACCCGGUUGCAGAGUGAUCGCCAUUACAGAAAGGAGUACGAGGACACUAAAACCAAGCAUAGUGCCUCUUUGGACAUGUUGACCAUGACCCACGCCAAGAAGGCCCAGGAUCUGGCAACUGAGACCAACUACAGGACCUUCCUGCACAAGUACACAACCCUGCCCGGCGACAUGAAGGUGGCCUGGGCCAAGAAGGCCUACGGACUACUGAGUGAUAAACAGUACAGGUCGGAUCGGAACUGGAUGAAGGGCGUGGGCUGGGUGGCAGCAGAUUUCCUGGAUGUGAUACAAGCAAAGAAGGCUGGCGAGCUCGUUAGCGAGAAAAAGUACCGUCAACAUGUCAGCGAUCUGAAGUUCACCAGCGUGGAGAACACUCCCGAGAUGGUCCAGGCCAAACUCAGCAACAAACUGGCCCUAGACAGGCUGUACAGGGAAAAGGGGGAACAUAUCAAGCACAACUACACACUCUCUGGAGAUCUGCCUGAACACGUGCAGGCCAAGCUCAAUGCCAUGAACAUCAGUGAGACCCGCUAUAAGGAGUCGUGGACUAAAAUCAGAGAUGGUGGCUACAAGCUCCGUUUGGAUGCCAUUCCCUUCCAGUCAGCCAAAGCAUCUGGGAACAUACUUAGUAAUCACAAGUACAAGGAGCAGUUUGAAAAGACCAAGGGGCAUAUGAUUGGAAUGAAGGGACUGGAGAGCGACAUGAACAUGUCUCACUCUGUGAAUGCCAGCAAACUGCAGAGUGACAUCAAGUAUAAGCAGGACUCUGUGAAUAAGCGCUCUCAGUACCACCUUUCUAUGGACAUGUUGGAGAUGGCCCACGCUAAAAAAGCCCAGACCCUGGCCAGUGAGCAGGACUACCGGCUUACACUCCACCAGUACACCACUCUACCUGAUGACAUGAAUGUGCAGGCCGCUAAGAGAGCCUACCAGCUACAGAGCGAGAAUGUGUACCGCUCUGACCUGAACUACCUGCGUGGUGUAGCCUGGAUCAGCACCGGGGCCCUGCAGAUGGAGGGCUUCAAAAGGGCCACAGACCUUAUUAGUGAGAAAAAAUACCGCCAGCAGCCCUGCUCCUUCAAGCACACGUCUGUCGCAGACUCACCAGACAUUGUCCAUGCCAAACUCAGCAAUAAGCUUACCAACGAGCGCCUGUACAAGGAGAAAGGGGUGAAUGACAGGCAUAACUACACAAUGACACUGGAGAGACCGGAGAUAACACAGGCUAAGAUCAACGCGGCUAACUUCAGCGAGAGCAAGUACAGGGAGUCAUGGCACACUCUAAGAGCUCAGGGCUACAAACUGACCAUGCAGGACAUCCCCUUCCAGGCUGCCAAAACCUCAAUGGAUUUAGCCAGCAAUGUCCAAUACAAGCACAACCACCUACUGGAUAAGGGCAAGCACAUCGGCGCCCGCAGCAUUCUGGAUGACCCGCGCAUGCUACAUUGCAUGCAGAUGGGCCGGAUGACGAGUGAGCAAGAGUACCGCAAAGACGCACUUUCCACCAGUGGCCAGUACCACCUCAAUCCAGAUAUGAUCAAUUUAGUGACAGCCAAGAACGCCCAGGCUCUGGCCAGCGAUCAGGACUACAGGAAGAGGCUCCAUGCGUACACUGUCCUACCGGACGAUAUUAAAGUCCAAUGGGCCAAGAAGGCCUACAACCUGCAGAGCGAGAAACUGUACAAGUCGGAUCUGAACUUCAUGAAGGGCGUGGCCUGGGAUGGUGUGGGGACGCCUCUAAUGGAGUUGGCAAAGAAAGCCGGAGAACUCACCAGUAAUAAGAAAUAUCGUCAACUGCCAGACAGUCUGAAGUUCACCCAAGUGGCGGACUCUCCAGACAUUGUUCAUGCUAAGAACAGCUACCUGCAGUGCAGUGAGAGGCUGUAUAAGUCUGGAGACUCGGACGCCAUGCACAAAUAUACCUUACAUGCCGACGACCCUGAUUUCAUCAGAGCAAGGAUCAACGCCCAGCAAAUUAGCAAUAAAGCCUAUAAAGCGUCUGGGGACGAGAUGAGGUCGGCAGGCUACGACUUGAGGCUGGAUGCUAUUCCCUUCCAGACGGCCAAGGCUUCCACGAAUAUCGCCAGUGAUUUCCGCUACAAGGAAGCCUUUGUGAAGGAGAAGGGUCAGCAGGUGGGGCUGCUCAGUGUCGAGGAUGACCCAAAGAUGGUGCACUCCCUGGCAGCCAGCAAGCUCCAGAGCUGCCUGGGGUACAAGAGGCAGGCUCAAGAGACGCGCUCCCAGUUCAAGAUGCAUGCCGACCAGCCUGUGUUCCAGCAGGCCAAGAAGAGCCAAGCUCUGGCCAGCAACCAGACCUACAACCAGAGGCUCCAUGACUACACCUUUGACCCUCAGCAGCUCAACGUCCAACACGCCAAGCAGGCCUACAAGCUGCAGAGUGACGUGAGUGCCAAAAGUAAUCUGAACUGGAUCAGGGGUGUGGGCUACCCCCCUGGCUCCCAUAAGGUGGAGAUGGCCCGGCCUGCAGAACUGGGACUGAAGAGCGUGAGCACUGAGGACGCCAUUGCCCAGUACCAACACAUGAUGAUGAUGCAGCAGAUGGAGGAGCAGCAGCAGGUGUCAGAACCUGUUGAGACCAGCAAAGAGUUCCAGCAGUCGGGAGUCAAUCUAGACGCAAUGGAGAUCCUCCACGUCAAGAGGAAGAAGACCAUCCAAACGGUGAAGAAGUCCAGUUCCUCCUCCUCCUCCAUGGAUAGCAGCGUCAAGAAGUUAAUGAUGUCUUCCAACUCAGCCAUAGAGUCAAUGAUGGCUUCCACCUCUGUCUCAGCCAUUGAGAACACAGUCAAGAUGUCCACAACGAGUGAGGCAUCGGCCAUAGAAAAUGCUUAGACAAUGUUGUGAGAAGGUGUUGCCUUAGGGCACGUAUCACACUUAUUCCACGGAGGGGGCCGAGUGUCUGUGCGUUUUCACUCCGCCCUUGUACUUGAUUGAUGAAUUAAGGUCACUAAUUAGUAAGGAA